UCCUGUUUCGUCACUCUCUCUAUAAUUCUUUCUUCUCUCUCUAAAAAUUUCUUCUCUCUCUGGUUUUCUCAUGCAUGAACAACCACCAUGAAAUUGGAAAAAUUAGGGCACAACAAUUGUGAAUUUCGUCAAUCGAUGUUGUGGAACUUUUAAGGGAAGAUGUGAAUUGUGAUUUCCGAUUUUCUUUAUUUUCGUUUUCUUGGUGUGAGAUCAAAGGAAAAAAGUAUUCGCAUGAAGGGCCCGUUAGAUCGAUCAAAAGUAGUGCUGCGGCACUUGCCGCCGACAAUUUCUCAGUCCAUGCUUCUUGACCAAGUUGAUUCCCGAUUCGCUGGUCGAUACAACUGGUUCUGUUUUCUACCCGGCAAGUCCAGCCAGAAGCAUCAAACUUAUUCAAGAGCCUAUAUUGAAUUUAAGAGGCCAGAAGAUGUUAUCGAGUUUGCAGAGUUCUUUGAUGGACACGUUUUUGUAAACGAGAAAGGCACUCAGUUCAAAACUAUUGUUGAGUAUGCUCCUUCACAGCGUGUUCCAAAACACUGGUCCAAGAAGGAUGGCCGUGAAGGAACCAUCUUGAAAGAUCCUGAAUAUCUGGAGUUCCUUGAAUUUAUCUCAAAGCCUAUUGAGAAUCUUCCAAGUGCAGAAAUACAGUUGGAAAGAAAGGAAGCUGAACGCGCUGGUUCUGCAAAGGAUGCUCCUAUAGUUACUCCUUUGAUGGAUUACAUACGUCAGAAAAGAGCCGCCAAGAGUGGAGCUCGGAAAUCUAUAGCUAAUGGGAGACCAACCAGAAGAACGAGUGGCACAUCCGCAGGAAGUCCUAGCUCAAGUGCAUCUAAACGAAGCUCUGAAAAGAGACGGGCUUCCACUACCAUGUAUGUUCUUCGAGAUAGUUCUAAGGCUGGGAGUGGCAAAGACAAAACAUAUAUUCUAGCUCCAAAACGUGAUGAUCAGCAGCGUGCUGAGAAGUCUGGUACCUCUGCUCCUGGAUCUGUGGCUAAUGCAGUUGAAGAGGAAACUGGUGGAGCUGCUGAUGUUGGGAAGAAGAAAAUCCUGCUCUUGAAGGAAAAGGAAAAUCCUAAUAGCCAGCGUCGUGAGGCAAGUGGAAGAAUCAUUAGAAGUAUUCUUCUCAAGGAUGCUCGUCAAAAUCAGGCCCCAUCUGCAUCCCAACAAGAAAAACACAGGGUGGAUAAGGACAAAAAGCCUCCUAGGCCACCAUGUGUCCAGUUGUUUCAGAGAGAAACUAAUGGAGCUAAUGAAGAUAAGGUUCUGGGAGCUGAUUUGCAUAUUGUCCACACUGAGAAACAGGAAAAACGCACUAGGAUCAGGGAUAGGCCUGAUCGUGGUGUUUGGACUCCUCUUCGUCGUUCUGAUAGUUUACAUGCUAGUGAUGAGUCUUUAUCUUCAUCUGCCUCUCAAUCUUCCGAAGUGCCAGAUUUUGUUGAAGGAAGUCAAGGUGAAACCAAACAUGGUCUGCCAAAUGCUCGUGGUGCGGAGUUCAGACCCAUGGGAAGUGGGCGUAAUUCUCAUUCUUCUUUUGACAAUGGUACUUAUAAACAUGGUGGUCGUCGUGGUAUGAGGGACGAUGGAAUUUCAGUAGGGGAAGGAAAACCCUUAAGAAGGGGAGGUCCUUCUAGCUAUGGUACCCAUGAGAAACAAGUGUGGGUCCAAAAGUCAAGUUCUGGUACUUAGUUUUUGUCUCCAACGGUAAGCUUUAAAAUUGGCUGUUCGUUUCUGUC